UUUACCUUCAUGUUGGUAAGAAAAUCUAGUUUUUGCUUGUCAUUUAUUUACUUGGAGAACUCAAAAGGUAUAGUAAUAUUUUAAGUAGUUAAAAAAUCCAAGAAUGGCUAACAUAGCUGCCAAACGUAUUAAAAGGGAAUUUAAAGAAGUAAUGAAAAGCGAGGAAGUAGCGGAUGGAACUUUGAAAUUAGAAUUGGUCAAUAACAGCUGGACAGAAUUAAAAGGACAAAUAGCUGGUCCUUCUGAAACUCCAUAUGAAGGAGGAAAAUUCAUUCUUGAGAUAAAAGUACCGGAGACAUAUCCUUUUAACCCACCUAAAAUUCGGUUUUUGACGCGAAUUUGGCAUCCGAAUGUUUCUUCAGUGACAGGUGCGAUUUGUUUGGAUAUUUUGAAGGAUCAAUGGGCUGCAGCGUUAACUCUGAGGACAGUACUUCUCUCUAUACAGGCUUUACUUUCUGCCGCAGAACCGAACGAUCCACAAGAUGCAGUUGUUGCAAAACAAUAUAGAGAGAACAUUGAACUUUUUAACUUGACUGCACAGCAUUGGACUAAUGUUUAUGCUGGUGGUCCAAACCUGGUAUUAGAUUUCGUGCAAAAGGUGCAAAUGCUAACUGAUAUGGGUGUUGAUGAACAUCAAGCACGGGUAGCAUUGUCAACUUUUGAUUGGGAGUUGGAACGAGCUACAGAACAGUUGUUCAGUUAGUCUGUUGUAAUUUAAGAGUUUGAGACAUACACACAGCAAUCAAUGAUACCUCACAUAUGUUAGUGUUUUUGGUAGAGUUUUAUAAAUGCAGGACUAAGGAUAUUUUCCCAUAAAUUAAAAGAAAAAAGUUCUUAGUGCAGAAAUAGUGUUGUGGUAAAUAAGUUUCCUUUGCUUUUCCAUUUAUUACAGUACAUACUCAAAGCUAGAUAUUCCUUAAAGGUAGUUUUGUUUCAACU